AGGGUCGACAUGACCGUCCUCCCACUCCUCUUCCUCGGCCUAUCCGUUUUCCAGCUCGACCGCAUGAACCUCGCCAGCGCUCUCACAGCAGGCUUCCAAACGGCCAUCCAUAUCGACCAGUCGACCGUUAAUGCCGGCAACCAACUAAUGUUCGCCGGCAUUGUCUUGCUCGAGAUCCCAUCUAACAUGCUCCUCCAGCGAAUAGGCCCUCGAAUUUACAUGGGAGCCCAGGUUCUAAUAUUUGGCCUGAUUGCGACACUACAAUGUCUCGUAAAAAACCGCGCUGGAUUCCUCGUUAUAAAAUCCUUUCUGGGUUUGGCGGAAGCGGGGUACAUUCCUGGAGGCGUAUAUACUCUAUCCACAUGGUACACAAAGAGGGAACUGGCGAAAAGAGUUGCCAUCUUCUUUUUCGGAAUGUUUGGUGGUAAUGCUCUAAGUCCAAUUUUAGCAUCUGGGAUCCUCAAACUGGACGGACGGCGCGGCCUUUCUGGUUGGCAAUGGCUCUUCUUAAUCGAGGGUGUCUUCACUAUGUUCGUAGGCAUACUCCUCCUAAUUUUCCUCCCCGCAUCGCCCGAACAGCCGAAACCCCUUUUUCCAAAAGGCCUCAUCCGAAUCUCAUCUAGAGAAGGCAUCUUGCUUCAACAGCGUAUAGCUACUGAAUCCCCAAAGAAAAUAUAUCGUUCCCAGCAUCUAAGUAUCUCUCCAAGGAUCGUUUGGAAAACACUCUGCCACUGGCGUCGCUGGCCGCAUCUACUCGCCACCUCGCUGGUGUUCUCAACAUGGAGCCCGCUUACUACCUACACGCCUACUAUUGUCAUGUCUUUAGGUUUCUCUCGUACUCCUGCCAAUGCUUUAGCCUCAGUCGGCCCAUUUAUCUCCCUCCCAAUCGUCUUUCUCUUCGCCGUCUUCAGCGACAGGACCAACGCCCGUGGACUCGCUGUCUUCCUCGCUAUAAUAUGCUACCUUAUCACAUUGAUCGUCCUCCGGACCACCGAGGCACACGUCGGGAAAUGGAGCCGGUGGGGACUGUGGACAGUGGUUAACUCUUUUGCCAUUGGGUACCAUCCAGUGCAUAAUACGUGGUUGCAAUUAAAUUGCGAGGGGCCUGAGGAUAGAAGCGUGAGCAUGGCAUUGUGGGUAAUGUCGGCAAUUACAGGUCUCAUGUACGGGUCCCAAUAUUUCCAGGCGGAUGAUAAGCCAUUUUACCAUCGGGGGUUGGUAAUUAUGAUUGGGGUUGUGAGUGCUGGAGCGGCCCUGGUCCUUCUUCAAGAGGGGAUAUAUUGGCUUUGGAAUCAGAGGGCUCGAGCCAGCAAUGCGCAAGAAGAGGAUCAGACUAAAUACAAGCGUUUAUAUGUCCCGUAG